AGAAAGGAAGUCCGAAACAAAAUCCAUUUGUCAGUAUGUUUUAGAUUCGAGAAAACACAGAGCCCUGCCUUCAUUGAGACCGCACCGGAAGUGCAGAUAGCUACCUACAGUCCACAUUCUGCUGUCUGAAGAAAGAACCAGGCGAGACCAUGAGGAGUUUCCUUGUCUGGGCUUGGAUUCUUUUCCCAGGCUGUUGGGCUCUGUCCGGCCCUAGGGAGGUGAGCGGCCCUUUGGGAGGGUCGGUGUCUGUGCAGUGUCAGUACGAUGGGGGGUACCAGAACUAUAAGAAAUACUGGUGCAAAGGAAAAGACUGGUUAUCCUGCUCCAUAGCUGUUCAGACCAUCAGUUCAGAGGCCGAGGUGGUAGGGGACAGAGUCUCCAUCCAAGACAAUCACACGCAGUUCACGUUCACUGUGACCAUGCGGAGCCUGGCAGUGGGCGACCAGGAUAUUUACUGGUGUGGGAUAGAGAAGAGCGGCUAUGACAAGAUGUUUGCUGUCAACGUGUCUGUUUUCCCAGGAAGAAGGAUGUGAGUGAGAAAUCUACAUUUUGAUAAACAAACAGCCGGGGUUUCCUGUCUCCUCGGACCUUAUUUCCUGAAUCUCAGCUGAAGAUGAAUUCUUGCAAAAGAGAAAUGGCUAUAAGAGGAGAAGGCAAAUGCCCCAAAGGUUUUCUUCCUCCUGUUCUCUCUGCUAUACCUGAAGGACAAGGGAAGGAGCACUGGGCGGGAGGAGAAGUCCUGGCUGAAAGGUAUCCAGCCAGUAAGACUUAAAAAGCAUGUGAUGAGAGAAAGCUUUGCUUUGAAUUCAUUUAGCCUAGUCAGUUAGGUAUUAGUUGUGUUUUGCCUUUUAUUUCUUUGUAACCAAUUCUGACAUUUAUGUCUCAUUACUUGUGAUCACUUACGCUCUUUCCUUCUGCAGUCAAUA